GAUGCUGGGCGCGCGCCCCUCGGAACCCGGGAAGAGGUGGCCGGGGCGGGGCCGGGGGCAGGGCCAGCGGGAGCCCGGCGCUGAUUGGCCGGCGUGGCCGGCGGGCCCCCGCCGCUGGUUCGUAGCGGGCGCCGCGGCCUGGGCUGGGAUGUGAGAAGCGGCGGGUUCUGGGCUCCGGGCUCCGGGCUCCGGGUGGCGGCGGCUGUGAGCGGCGGCGGCUGUGAGCGGCGGCAUUGCGGCGCAGGCGGCGGGUGAGGCCAGCGGGCGCCGUCGGCGGCCGGCCCUGUCGGCCGCGGGAUGAGGAAGCGGACCGAGCCCGUCGCCUUGGAGCAUGAGCGCUGCGCCGCCGCGGGCUCGUCCUCCUCCGGCUCGGCUGCCGCGGCGCUGGACGCCGACUGCCGCCUGAAGCAGAACCUGCGCCUGACGGGCACGGGGGCGGCCGAGCCGCGCUGCGCAGCCGACGCGGGAAUGAAACGGGCGCUGGGCAGGCGAAAGGGCCUAUGGUUGCGCCUGAGGAAGAUACUCUUCUGUGUUUUGGGGUUGUACAUUGCCAUUCCAUUUCUCAUCAAACUAUGUCCUGGAAUACAGGCCAAACUGAUUUUCUUGAAUUUUGUAAGGGUUCCCUAUUUCAUUGAUUUGAAAAAACCACAGGAUCAAGGUUUGAAUCACACAUGUAACUACUACCUGCAGCCAGAGGAAGAUGUGACCAUUGGAGUCUGGCAUACCGUCCCCGCAGUCUGGUGGAAGAACGCCCAAGGCAAAGACCAGAUGUGGUAUGAGGAUGCCUUGGCUUCCAGCCACGCUAUCAUUCUGUACCUGCAUGGGAACGCAGGUACCAGAGGAGGUGACCACCGCGUGGAGCUUUACAAGGUGCUGAGUUCCCUUGGUUACCAUGUGGUCACCUUUGACUACAGAGGUUGGGGUGACUCGGUGGGAACGCCAUCUGAGCGGGGCAUGACCUAUGAUGCACUCCACGUUUUUGACUGGAUCAAAGCAAGAAGUGGUGACAACCCUGUGUACAUCUGGGGCCACUCUCUGGGCACUGGUGUGGCGACAAAUCUGGUGCGGCGUCUCUGUGAGCGAGAGACGCCUCCAGAUGCCCUUAUAUUGGAAUCUCCGUUCACUAAUAUCCGCGAAGAAGCUAAGAGCCAUCCAUUUUCAGUGAUAUAUCGAUACUUCCCUGGGUUUGACUGGUUCUUCCUUGAUCCUAUUACAAGCAGUGGAAUUAAAUUUGCAAAUGACGAAAAUGUGAAGCACAUCUCCUGUCCCCUACUCAUCCUGCACGCUGAGGACGACCCGGUGGUGCCCUUCCAGCUUGGCAGAAAGCUCUAUAGCAUCGCCGCACCAGCUCGAAGCUUCCGAGACUUCAAAGUUCAGUUUGUGCCCUUUCAUUCAGACCUUGGCUACAGGCACAAAUACAUUUACAAGAGCCCUGAGCUGCCACGGAUACUGAGGGAAUUCCUGGGGAAGUCGGAGCCUGAGCACCAGCACUGAGCCUGGCUGGGGGAAGGAAGCAUGAAGACCUCUGCCCUCCUCCCAUUUUCCUCCGGUCAGCAGCCCGGCAUCCUGGAGCCCCAGGGGGCCAGCACCUGCAAUGCUCAGGAGCCCAACUUGCACCUGGAGAGGACUCAGAUGCCAGGUGGGGAGGACCCUGCAGGCCUGCAGUGCCCGAGGCCUGAGCGUGGCUGUGUGUGGAAAGCGUGGGUGGCAGGCACAUGGCUCUCCUUGCCGCUACGCAACCUGAGAUCUUGUUGGGAGACUUAUUGACAGCAGGCAGCCAUCACUGCCUGGUUGAUGCUGCACUGAGCUGGGCGGGGGGAGGCCGGGCAGGGGACUCUUAGGGCUCAGGACCAUGCUGAGCUUUCCGGCACCACCCACAGAGAACGUGGGGUCCAGGUUCUUUCUGCCCCUUCCCAGCACACGCAGAAUGACUCCAGUGGUUCCAUCGUCCCCUCUUGCCCUGUGUACCUGCUUGCCUUCGUCGGCUGCCCUGCCUCCUCUGGGCUGGCCCACUCACCCACAGUGGAGGUGCCCAGGAUCUGCACUUCCUCCCCUUUCACCCACCUGUACGCCUAACCUGGCCUUAGACUGAGCUUUAUUUAAGAAUAAAAUUGUGGUGGUGGUC